UGAUGGGAGCAGACAGGAAGGAAAGAGCGUACUGCCACAGCCAAGAGGAGCAUCAGCAUCGAACCACUACAUGAACACUGUGGAGCCGAGCCUCCUCUACAGCGGGAUCUCUCUCCCCCUCUCUCUAACACACACCUGAAGACUGCAGAGGACCUCAGGACAUUAGGGGAAUAAUCUGACUGCCUGGACAACUUGUUUUUAAAAAUUAAACAGCGCUUUUCUUCACCUACAGCUCAGCUUGUGGCAGAACUGGCACGCAUAAGCGGUAUUUCUUUUAAUGGUAAACUUUCAUUAAUUACUAUUAAACUAUUUUAGUCGGAGCAAGGGCUUGCCCGUGAUGGACACACAGGUUUGAUGAAGAAUGUGUCCUCUGUGCGCGCAUGAGUAUCUUUGUCAGCAACACUGACUUUUUGUGGACUUUUCUCAAGCCUUUGGACUCAAUUGAGCUGGAUUUAGCCGUUGCGACAGGAUCCUGUUCUUAAUUUACUGGAAGAGUUUUUUUAACCUCAAUCCAGCAUGCGACCCAUCCCAUCCAGAUUUUGCUAUCUGUUACUACACUUCUUUGUAUUUUGCUACAAUGCUCAGGUAACCAACCAGUCCCCGCCUAAUUUCACGCAGCAUGUAAGCGAGCAGAGCAAAGUAACGGACCGCAUAAGCCGCAGGUUGAUCCGUAUCUACCAGCUAUACAGCCGGACCAGCGGCAAGCACGUCCAGGUCCUGCCCAACAAGAAGAUCAACGCCAUGGCCGAGGAUGGAGACGUGCACGCUAAACUCAUUGUGGAAACGGACACAUUUGGGAGCCGAGUGCGUAUAAAGGGGGCUGAGACAGGCCUCUACAUCUGCAUGAACAAGAGGGGGAAGCUCAUCGGCAAGAAAAAUGGCCAUGGCCGUGACUGUAUCUUCACUGAGAUUGUUCUGGAGAAUAACUACACAGCGCUGAGGAACGCCCACUAUGAGGGCUGGUAUAUGGCCUUCACCCGCCGCGGGCGGCCACGGAAGGGCUCACGGACGCGCCAGCACCAGCGUGAAGUACAUUUCAUGAAAAGGUUGCCAAAGGGGCAGCAGCCUGCUCACCCAAGCUACCAACGGCCUUUUGACUUCAUCCACUACUCUUUCAGUCAAAGGACUAAACGCACGCGAUACUCAGUAGAGGAGAAAGAUUGAAAAGACAGAAAGGGGAUAAACUGACAAACUGACUGAAUUAGCAGCAGUCAACAAAGUCCUCUGAAUUCCACAAAAAAACCUCUGAAGACAUGUUUUUAUAGUGAGCAUUACUUUAUCUUAAAUGUAAUUUGUUUGAUAAAAGUAAGUAAGGGAAAAAAUGAGAAAUCUAUUUUUGUACUGACCUGGAUUCAGAAAAAACAGACAAAAAGAAAAGUUUUUAUAGAUGCACAUAAUUUGUGUGACUUAUUGGGGAUAUCUGUGUAUGUAGUAGAGUGUUUUGUAUUGUUUUUGUCGUUUAAACCAGUGGAGUCGUUUAUUGGACUCUUGCCUGCUGCUCAAGGAAACUUAAAGCGCCCUGAUUGACUGCACUGCCAGGGAACGCUGCAUUCAAAGACAAAACUGUCACACAUCGCAUUAGAGAAUGCAAGUGUCAGUAAACAUUGCCUAAGAGCAUUGUGAUAGCACUGCAGUGCUGAAGAAAACAGAGCUUUAACAGCGUCAGAUGGAACAAUGUGGCAGCUACAUUGGAUAAUCAUAGGUAUCCUGUUCUGACAGUAAUGUUGGUAUAAAACAUAUUAACAUUGAAACACUGAAGUAUUAGGAACCUCUCAAUACACCCAUUCUCCCUUAUCCAAAUCUGUUGCCCCCUGAAUGUUUUUAUACUUAUAUAAAUAUAUUUUUAUUUGAGGAUAUGUAAAAUUAUUUUAAGGAUGGAAUAUUUAUUUAAAUUGUGUAAUAAAUAUACAUUAGCAUACUGAACAAGUUUUUGGUACAUGCUUGCUCUGGAACCAUCUGUGAUAGUAACAAGUGUGCUGACCAGCCUUACACUCUGUGCAUACUGUACAUACAGCUGUGUGCAAAUGCAUUUUAGCAUAGCGUUUAUGUGAUAUCACCCAUUUUGAGCCCUGCAAGAUGGGAGAGGGGAAAUGUGAAAACAAAUGCUCUCAGAUGAAUAAUGUUUGUGCAAAAAAUAGUAUAAACUAACAUUGUUAAUAUUUUUUAUGUGUAAGGACUGUACAUUUCUACCACUAAAUAAACAGUAACAAUUG